GAGGCUCUGGACGAGCAGCAGCAUGCUCCCAGUCACUGACAGCGAGGAAAAGCCAUAAUGAGACACACACUAGAACAGAGAUGCGCCAUGCAGGGAGCGGCGUGGUGAACGUGCGCUCGUCCCAGAAUGAGCCGCCGACCUCCCGCCCGGCGUGGAGCCGGACGGGACAUGAGGGCAGCCUGGAUCCUGACUGUGGCCACUCUCAUCACCGCCCGGACUGCCGCAGGAUCACCGCUGGUCCUGGAGCCAGAGGUUUUUCUGGAAAAGUACGGCUACCUCCACCAGGACAAGCACAUCCACACUGCGGUGGAGAUACAGUCAGCUGUCUGCGAGUUCCAGUGGUUGUCCCGGCUUCCUGUCACAGGUGAGCUGGACGGCGCCACCCUGAGGCAGAUGUCGGAGCCCCGCUGCGGGGUUUCGGAUGAGGGCAGCCAGCAGAUCUGGGCUGAGAGGGUAAACGCCAUCUUCGCUGGAAGGAGACGACCACAGCGCCGCAGGAGGCGCUCUUCUGCCCAAGCUGAGAGGUGGUACAAACGGCAUCUGACCUACCAGAUAGUGAACUGGCCUCGCCACCUGCCUCUGGGCUCGGUGCGGCUCGCGGUGCGCGCUGCCUUCCAGCUGUGGAGCAACGUGUCGGGCCUGGUGUUCCAGGAGGCCCCUGAAGGCCCAGCGGACAUCCGGCUGGCCUUUUAUGAGGGAGACCACAACGACGGGGCCAACAAUGCCUUCGAUGGACCAGGAGGAACCCUGGCUCACGCCUUCCUGCCUCGCCGCGGUGAGGCCCACUUCGACAGGGCGGAGAGGUGGACGCUGAACGGACACAAGGGACACAACCUGUUCAUGGUGACCGCCCACGAGAUCGGACACACUCUGGGACUGGAGCACUCCCCCGUCCGCCACGCCCUGAUGUCACCGUACUACAGGAAACUGGGCCGCAGCCUGGUGCUGAGCUGGGAUGACAUCAUUGCCGUGCAGCAGCUGUACGGUAAGCCGUCAGGCGAUCGCCCCGUGAGGCUGCCAGGCCAGGUUUUGCACGCCGCGCUGCAGGAAUGGGAGUUCACAGAGCUUCAUAGCGGGCAUCAGGCCACAGGGCAGCCUCUCUACUGCCAGGGUGUCUUUGAUGCCAUCACUAUGGACCAGAAUGAGACAGUGCUGGUGUUUCGGGGCAGCGUGUACUGGACGGUGUCGGCUGAAGGUGGUGUGAGCGGCCUGCUGCCUCUCCGUCAGCGCUGGUCUGACCUCCCACCGGCCAUCGAGGCCGCCGCCUUCUCCCCGCUGGACUCCAAGUGGUAUUUUUUCAAAGGGAAGCGGAUGUGGCGCUACACCGGCAGGGUGCUGGACCCCGGCUUCCCCAGGCAGAGCAGUGAGUUGGGGCUGCCUCGCCAUCCUGACUGUGCCUUCUAUUACGCUCCUCUGGGUCACAUGGUCAUCUUCAAGGGCUCCCGCUACUCUGUGCUGAACCUCAAAACCCUGCGCCAAGAGCCCUACUACCCCCGCAGGCUGAUAGACUGGACUGGUGUGCCACAGGGGACCAAUGGGGCACUGACCCGACCAGACGGACGCCUCUACCUGUUCAGAGAACAGCGGUUCUGGAGAUUUGACCCGAUCAAGGUGCGAGUCACCAGAGAGGGACAGUGGGCCAAGGAUCUGAGCUGGACUGGUUGCAGCAGUGCCCCUCAGAACAAUAACAUCCUUUGACCAGCAGAGGGAGCUGUAUGCUUUAGAUAAAGUGCAAUUUGCACACAGGUGCUAAAACAUUUAGCCUGAACCCACAUUCAGUUUAUAUAUUGCAAAAGGAGCUUAGCUCAGCAAACUUGUGGCAUGAAGGGAUUCAACAAAAAUAAAACCACUUGGUUUAUACAUUUUGAAGCACAUUUAGUAUUUAUACUGCUUUAGUAUUUAUAGAGCAAUGGAUAUUACUGUAUAUGGAGGUACAAUUAUAGCCUCAUUAAUACAGAUAACAGUAUGACCGUGCACUAUUAUAAGAGCAGAACUGUUGUAAGUUGGAACUAUGCUUUUAAAACCAUCUUUUUUUCCUCUUGUAGUAUUUGCACACUGACACAGAAACCAAAAUAUGUUUCCAUCAUCUUCUUCUGCAAUGUCACUAACACAUGUAACAUAGUGUAUAAAUGACUGUUAACUUACUUUGGUCUGUGAUUGCGUGUUCCCUGCUUUUUUUGCUUGCUAUAGUAGAGGGCCCUUAAUCUUUGUCACUGACUCCCAGUACAGAUUGUGCCUUAACUAGCUGAGCUUCCAGCACAUUUCUGUCAAAGCAGAUAGUAGAUGUGCAGGUCAAACUGUCUUGACAGUAUGAGGAGUACAUCAUAAAGUGUAGCAGAGCUGUGCAGGUGGGUGAGUUGUGCAUCACAAUGGCAGAUGAGUGGUGGCGGUCAUCUGUGACAGCUGUGUCAACAUUGUGAUGCAUUUUAAGAAACAGUUGUAGAGAAUCAGUGAUUCUCUCUGUCCUUUCAUCCUAGCAGAGUAUCUCUCUCGGUGUAUGAUUUUUCCAUCACUGCAGGCAGAGCAGUGGUCUGUCAGUGUAUUUGUAGAUCACUGAUAACUCAGCUCACUGUUCACUCAUCCUACAUUUCAUUCUGAAAUUACACCGAUGUUGAAUUA